AUGGGUUGCGGUCGAAAAAUGAAGGGAAGUUGUGCUGAUGGAAAUUAUGAAGUUAUGUGGCAGCCGAACGUGCUCCUUUCUUAUGACGGUUCAAUCCUCUGGAUGCCUCCAGCCAUCUAUGAGAGCUCCUGCACAAUUGAUGUUGAAUACUUUCCAUUUGAUGAACAAGAAUGCGAAAUGAAAUUUGGCAGUUGGACUUAUGACGCAUCACAGGUGACAUUGGGUUGGAAUUAUGGCCAGAAUUUUGUGGACCUGUCAGACUACUGGAAAAGUGGAACUUGGGACUUGGUGGACGUUCCCGGUCGAAUCGUUAACACAUCCACGAGCGGCCAUAACGCCACCUACAUUAUCUACACAAUCAAACUGCGUCGGAAAACACUCUUCUACACAGUCAACCUUAUUUUGCCCUGCAUUAUGAUCUCCCUCCUGAGCAUUUGUGUCUUUUACCUGCCCUCCGAUGCUGGCGAAAAGGUUACCCUAUCAAUCAGCAUUGUGGUUGCCUUGAUUGUCUUCCUCAUCCUGGUCAGCAAAAUCCUUCCGCCAACCUCUACCUCCAUACCGCUUAUUUCGCGCUAUCUCCUGUUCACUUUCCUGUUUGACGUCUUCGCCGUUUUCAUUUCCGUGGUCAUCGUCAACUGGAAUUAUCGAACUCCUCGAACACAUACUAUGCCAGCAUGGGCCCGUAUUGUCUUCUUACGCAUUCUGCCAAAACUGUUGCUCAUGAAACCACUGCAGCCGCUGCAUGCGACCUUUAAGGACUUCAACCAUCAGAAUAGCAUUCACAAAAACCCAUCGUUUGGCCGAGGUUGCAAGGGCAGUGCUUCGCAGCAGUAUCCUUGCCUGGACACAGCAGUCAAUCUUAAAGCUCCGCUCAGGUCUGGAUCUAGCUCCGUUGCAGAAACUACCAGCAUUCGGGACAAUGAGGAUGCAUUUGAACAGUCCUUUCGGGAGCCUGGUAUGGUCCCGUUUUUCUUCUCCAGUUCCGAAAGCGAUACAAUGAUCAGUAAUCCCGGUGCAAGUGAUAUUGUCAUUAGUAGUGAAAAUAGCAGCUACACCAGCAGCAGUGACAGUGGGGGCUUUGAAGUAACCUCUAAGAGCCCAUCCAAGCCGCCCUUACCAAACCUGCCUCAUAUUCGCUCAAGGCUGAUAUUGAAGCCCUCCCGUUCAGGAGAUAGCAGUUUUUGCAUUAUGGACAAAUCUGCAAAGUCGUCGGCACACACCAUCGAAUUCGACUUGCUGCCCUCACCUUCCUCGAACUCGCAGGUGUCACAUUCCUAUGAGAACAUAAAGUUAUCCUGCAUGACGGCAUCUGAGUAUGACUCGACUGAAACGGAGGGGGAGCCGGGGAACGGGAACGAGGAUGAGUAUGCAUGUGCUACAGUGCAAGAGUGGAAGUACAUUGCCUCCGUGAUGGAUCGCCUGAUGCUGGUAACCUUCACCGUGAUCACUCUGGUAGUGAGUGUCAUUCUCCUAACCAGCGCGCCUUCUCUGCUCUCAAGCGUCGAUCAGGACGCCAUCAUAAGAAAGUACUCAGUCAUCAAAAAUGCCUGA